UCAUUUCUUUCUGCCAGAGCGUUUCUUCAGUCGGUUUUAAGGACUGAUGUUCCCCCAUAUUCGUUAGGGCUUCAUCAUCUUCUUCUGGUUAUGCAGUCUUCAAUUCGUCACAGUUUCCCUUCCAUUUUUGGAUACUAAUCCAUGACUCGGUGUUCAGUGUGAAUUGCUUACCUGCAUACAAUAGGUCACGACCAGACUGAUACCUGAGUCCUGCCUAAACCCCUCCUUGAUUGUGUUAUCCUAGUGGAGAGAUUGUCUGAUGGAUGUUACGCUCCCGAUUCUUAUUCGUUUCUAAGGACUAACCGGUAAAUCGAGCGAGAUGCAGGAAGGAGGUAUGUUGCUUCCGGCAGGAUUUCCUGAAAGCCUUCCUAAGCCCAUGGCCUGGCUUCCCCAUGAAAUCGACGAGGCAACCUAUACGCAUUCUUUGACCGGCACCGAGCUAGGGGAGAUCAAGGAUGCCCUCUUUUUGUUCAAGGGUAUCCAUCUCGCUCAAAAUGUCCAACAACUCGCUAAUAUCUACAGCAUUGGAGCUGGAUGGGCACCAGGUCAGCCCGCAAAAUUUCCGCCUGCCAACAUUGGGACCGAUUCUCCUUUCUCUAGCGCGCAAACUGCAUGAAGGUUGCGGAUUUUUUUUGCUCAGAGGCCUGGAUCCAUGCGAAUUCAGUACCGCGGAUAAUGUCUUGAUCUUCUUGGGUAUUGCCAGCCACAUUGGCAAUCUCAGAGGACGGCAAAACAAGAACAGACAUAUGCUCACCCAUGUCACCGACGUCAUUUCCCCAGUCCCUCGGUCUAAGCGGCAUGGGAUCAAUUCAACUGUGGAGAUUGAGUCGCACACGGAGGUCAUCAGUGACAUUCUGGCACUCCAGACCAUCCGAAAGGCGGCGACUGGUGGUACAACGACCAUUUCCCCGCUUUGGUCGAUAUACAAUGAUCUGGCGAAACGAAGACCGGAUGUAAUUCGCCUCCUCAGUGAGCCAUUGUGGCCUUUGCAAAAUCCAUAUACGCCACCCAACAUAUGUCGACCGCUUCUCUUCCACACGAACGGCAAGGUGAUUCUAAGUUUCGAUCCGGGUUCACUCCGAAGACUCGAAACCGAGACUGUUCCCGGUGUCCCUCCACUCUGCGACUCCCAACUCGAGGCAAUCGAGGUGCUUCUUUCGACGGCCGCCCAAUAUCGAUAUCCGGUCACAGCCCAACCAGGCGAUAUGCUUUUCAUCAACAAUUUCAGCCAUAUGCAUUCGCGCUCAGCAUAUGUAGACGAGGGAUGUCAACGACGGCAUCUUAUCAGAUUGUGGCUGCACAACCAGGAGCUGGGAUGGCAACUUCCGGGGCAUUUACGACCAUCGUGGGAAAAGGUGUUCGCAAAUGACGACAACAUGCCUGAAAAGUAUCCGGUGGAGCCUGUUCCUAUUUACAAGGCUCCGAGGAUUACGAUGGGAAGCGGGAGCACCCAUCUAAUUGAAGACGACUCAGAUGAUUGA